AUGGAGUGUGUACUUUUUGGUAACUAUGCACGUGAAUUAAAUGCUUUUUUAGAAUCCGACAAUAAGGAUGGAGCUGUUGUCGUCUUACAAUUUGUUAGAGUGAAGUUAUAUAACGAAAAGAUUAUUUUACAAAAUUUCAUGUAUGGCACAAAGAUGUUCUUCAAUCCUGAAGAUCCAAAUGUCAUCCAAUUUAAAAAUAGCUUUGUAAGAUUUGAAGAAUCUAAGGGUAACAUCGGUGGAAUUCCGAAUGAAACUGCAUUCUUAAAAAUUUAUCAAGGCAAAAUUAUUGAGCAGUUAAAAGAAUUAGAUACGAAUGCUGUUUAUGUUGUCUUAGCUACUAUAAGUAAUAUUAUGGAUACUUCAGACUGGUACCGAAUAAAGCUUGGUGUCAUUAAUGAUUCUAACUGUACAUAUUUUGUAGUCAUUGACAAGGAGGCAAAACAAAUUUUGGGAAAGAGCUGUGUAGAGAUACUUGAUCCACUCCUAUUGGAUGUUGACUACACCGAUAGUUUGCUUUCAAUUUCAAAGGCAUCCUCAAUCAUUGAAGGGGAGAAAAUAGAAGGUGCUAAGAAUUUGUUGCUUGAAUUCUCCAAUGAAGUUGCGGCCAAUAAUGAAUCCGAAUUGUUAGAAAAUUCUAUUACACAAACUAAGCGACUAUUCUCGGAGUCGGAAGAUUCGAAGGUGGAAGGAGAUACCUCAACUUGCAAGAAGAUCAAGAUUGAGAAUGAAACUUGA